AUGAACAAUCCUUCAUCAUCUCCAAUAGAAACUUCUGAGACUUUACCCUCCACUGGUAAUCAUGCACCAUCUCCAGUGGACUCUUAUAAUAACUUGAGGGCUACUGAUGAUCAUCUUCGAAUUGCACCAGUUGUUGAACUCCCUCUAGCCACCAAUAUCAGAAGAUCAAAUAGAAACAUCAAUCUUCCAAACUACCUCAAAGAUUGUAACAUAAUCACUCAAAAUUCCAAAGAAUGUGAGGUUUAUAGGGUCAUAGCGGACACUAAUCUCAUCCAAGCCAUUUUCGAGUUCGAGGUCGAAGAAGAUAAAGUUGUUGCCGGCACUGGCGUUGGAAUUAUCCAAUCUGUUGAGGGCAGGAACAUAAAAGUUCUUUAUUGA